AUUCGACGCCCAACCAUCGUAACGCGACCGUCGAAAAACUCCUUAUCUUUUUUAUAUCAUUUUCGCCUCUUUAUACAGUCAUAAAGAUAAGGUUUAUUCAUUUACAGCAUUCAAUUUUCAUUUUAAUGCCAGUUAUGAAUGCGACAAUAUCUACGGAAACGGAAGUUGGGUUGUUGAAGCAAAUUUCACUUGGUAUUUUCUUAGGAUUGAUCGUCCUUUUGACGAUUAUUGGUAAUUUAUUGGUUAUUGGAGCCGUUUUAAUCGAUUACUCUCUCAGGACUUGUACGAAUUAUUUUAUAUUAUCCUUGGCCAUAGCCGAUUUGCUUUUGGGCAUUUUAGUCUUUCCUUUUAAAACCAAAAUCUACAAUUUCAAGUUGAAAGUGAACAUUUUUAUCUCUUCUCCUACUCCUCCUCAUCCUUCUCCUUCUCUUUCACGUCUUUCUCUUCCUCUUCUCCUUUUCUGCCAACAUAACCAUCAACACACCGCCGUCACCGCCGCCGCCACAGCAGCCGCUAAAAACGGUCAAAACUACACCCCCUCUUUCCUGGACGCCCACUUCGACAAACAUCCGAAAAAUGUCGAAAAGGAUAAGUGCGCGAAGGAAAGGAGCAUAAAGAAAAGGAAAAAAGGAAACCGCCCACCUCCUCUUAUUUCUUAGUAGCCUCUUUAGUUGGUAUUCCAUUGCGGUGCGAUAAAUUAUAUAACGCUAAUUAGGUUUCCCGCAAUAAGAAAUCGGUGAAAAGAAAGAAAUUUUUUUCGUGCGCUUGCCAAAAAAUCUGCAAAGUCUAUAUACUUGUAUAUAUACGUAUAUAUAUAUAUAUAUAUAUAUAGUGUAUGAAAUCAACCAGCCAGCCAGCCAGUCAGUCAGUCGGUGUAUUUAACACAUGCGUAGAGGAUAAAAGUUGAAAAACGAAAGGCUAGGAAAGAGCGAGACGAUUAAGAGCCUCUGAUCGAGCUUCAAUUUCAAUCCAGACGUUUAUGUUUAUAGGCCUAAAAGCGGAUAUUCAUAAAAAAUUUACUUAGGCUAAUUUUUUUUUUUGCUAGUCAAUAAAUAUCUCAUGAAAUCAUCGACAAAGUCGUUUGGUUAACUCGAAUUUUCCUCUUCUUAUUCUCUUCUUCUUUCCUUUUCUUCAUAUAAGACUUUUCAUUUCUCCUAUUUCACUCUGAUAUUCUAUUCCUUCAUCUUCUUUUCGUCUUUCUUCCUCUCUGCCUCUCCCUCCUUCCCUCCCUUUAUCAAUCUAUCUGUCUCUCCUAUUUAGUUGAUAUAAAAAAAAACUCUGCCUCUUUUAAGGAAAAAGAGAGAGGGGAGAGAGUUUAAUAGAAGCAAACUCUUUAGAAAAAUGAAAAGAUAAGAGAGAAUUUAAGAGUAGGGCAUUAUCGGGAUGUUUCUUGUAGGAAUGCGGAUAAGAGGGUGGUAGUGAAUAGGUAGGAUGACUGAAUGGACCGAUAGGUGGAUGGGUAGUUGGUUAAGAGGAGAACGAGAGAAGAGAAGAAUGGUAUAUUUAGCGCAUAUAUUGGACUGGAUAAAAUUUUAUAAAAGGAAAAAAGGAGAUAGAGAGAAAUGGGAAUGGUUUUAUUUUUUAUCAUUGUCCAAAAAGAUUAUCAAUAUUGUCGUAGAGAGAAAGAGAGGCGGAAAGAAAAAUAGAGAGGGAGUGGGAGAGAGAGAGAGAGAGAUUACUAUUGCUAAUUGAAUUAAAAGUGAUUAAAAAUUAAGUUACUCUUUUUCUGUUUUUUUUUUACAGUUUUGCCAUUCAGUCUAUUAAACGAGGUGCUUGGAAAAUGGAUAAUAGGCCAGGAAAUGUGCGUUAUUUGGUGUGUGGUCGACGUUUUAUGUUGUACAGCAUCAAUCCUAAAUUUACUAAUAAUCUCAUUGGAUCGUUGGUUAGCAAUUUCUUACCCCAUGAGAUAUCAUUCGUUCGCCACUCGAAAACGUGCAAUAAUUGCCAUUAUAUUAGUAUGGUUCCUGUCAGUCUUGAUUUGUUUACCGCCAGUUUUUGGUUGGCGAAAGGAACCUACUGAUGAAAACAAAUGUGAGUUAACAGAUGAAAUUGGAUAUGUGAUUUAUUCUGCAUUAGGAUCAUUUUGGAUUCCGUCUAUUAUUCUAAUAAUUGUUUAUUCAAGAAUUUACGUUGUCGCCGCAAGACAAACUAAACAAAUCGCAAAACAGCAAGCCCAGCUUGGUGAAAUUAAAGAAGAAGAGACUCCCAGUGUUUCUUCCAGUCCAGCCAUUAAGGUCAAGGACGCGCUACCCUUGAGAAAAUUGAAGAAAUUUGCUAAGGAGAAGCGGGCUGCAAAAACUUUGGCGGUGGUUGUUGGGACUUUUCUAGUGUGUUGGACGCCUUUUUUUACGGUUUACAUACUGCACAAUUUUGUUAGCGUACCGAAAACUCUAUUCAAAAUUGUAUUCUGGUUGGGAUACUGCAAUUCGGCACUCAACCCGAUGAUUUAUCCAUUCUUUAGCAGAGACUUUAGAACAGCAAUGAAAAAAAUGCUAAGUAAAAUAUUCUGUCGUUGGGAGAAGAGUAUCGACAAUUAUAGGAGGUCAUCAGGUGCAACAACGACGAGACUUAAAGAUGCCUCGAGAACAACGACAAUGGAAUUUUACGCCGACGAAACAAGUAGAGUGGAACUCCGCCAAAAGAAAGAAUCGAGAAGUUUAUUGGAUAAGAAAUAAUUUGAAAUAUUUUAGAGACGUUUCUAAUAUUCUGUUUAUUUGGCGACAAUAACAAAGAAUCAACAUGACGUCCUGGAAAUGGAGAGAUUAACUUGUAAAGCUCAGUUGUCAGAAUAGGAUAAUCUCGGCGUUCUGUAUUUUUGGUUCAUUAAACCUGCAAUCAAACAUUUUUUUUCCUUCGUUAAUAGUUUCAUCAAUUUUAUUAGGAUUUGAACUAUUUUCGUACAAAAAACCAAAGCAAAGAUAAGUUGAAAAUCUCUUUUUUUAACUAAGGCAAAUUCAACAGUGCAAUAUUGAAUACAAAAAGUAUAAAUACAUACUUAUGUACACUAUACUGUAUAUUCAGUUUAUAUAUUAAGAUAUAUAUAUAUAUAUAUAUAUAUAUAUAU